UCCAGCAUGGCGGAUGACGAUUAGUCCUACGUGAAAGUUGUUUAGAGGUGUGACCGGUAUUAGAAAAUGAUACACGCUCAUGUGUGCCGUUUGAUGUAAUAAAGGCGGCAUUUGGAAGCUUACAAUAUGUUUUUGACUCGUGCACUUGAGAAGAUUCUAACUGACAAAGAAAUUAGAAAGGCUCAUCAUUCUCAACUGAAACGGGCUUGUGAGGUGGCACUUGAGGAGUUAAAAAAUGACCAGAAAGACCAGAGAACAUUUCGUAGGAAAAAUGUGGAGAACACAUCUUCAUCAGCCCUGCCGAUGCCCAAAAAGGCAGGGUUUGUGGAAGCCGACAAGUACUUUCUACCAUUUGAGCUAGCAUGUCAGUCAAAAUGUCCCCGCAUUGUGAAUGCAGCUCUCGACUGCCUACAGAAACUGAUAGCAUAUGGCCACCUCACUGGAAAUGUCCCUGACACUACAACUCCUGGCAAAAGACUUAUAGACAGGAUAGUUGAGACAAUAUGCGGGUGUUUUCACGGACCGCAGACAGACGAGGGAGUACAGCUGCAAAUAAUUAAGGCUUUAUUGACUGUGGUAACGUCCAACACCUGUGAGAUACACGAGGGUACAGUGCUACAGACGGUGCGGACAUGUUACAAUAUCUACCUGGCCAGCAAGAACCUCGUCAACCAGACCACAGCCAAGGCCACUCUCACGCAGAUGCUCAAUGUUAUAUUCUCCAGGAUGGAGGCACAAGCUGAGCAAGAGAGACAGUCAAAGCAGGAGAAUAAAGGUCGAAAUGACAAAGUCUCUAACAAGGGGGAUGGCACUGAGGAUCAGACAGAGACCGAGGAGAAUGAGGCCGUCGAACAAGACAGGGAUGUGACAGAUAACAACGGAGAGCAAGACAUACAAGAAAAUCAUGAACCGGAGACCCCAGAAGAUAUUGCCCACGGGAUUCUUGACGAACUGGUAGAUCAGAUUGUUUCAGGUCCGAAGGGUGAUCCAACCUCCCCAAACUCAGACCAGCCUGUCCCUCCUCCAGGUUCCAGCUCCGGUCCUGAGCCUGAUCCCUCCCCAACAGUAGAUGGGGUGAAAGGUGGAGGACUUUCUCGUCUGACAUCAGAUGACAGCAUUGAGGCUGGGGACGGCGUGGAACAGAUGCAGGGGGCGUUUAGUCACAUCCUUCAAAAGGAUGCAUUCCUUGUGUUCCGCAGUCUUUGUAAACUGUCCAUGAAACCACUAGGGGAAGGCCCACCUGAUCCGGAAUCCCAUGAGCUGAGGUCAAAGAUUUUGUCACUUCAACUUCUGCUCUCCAUCCUACAGAAUGCAGGCCAUGUGUUCCGUACCAAUGAAAUGUUUAUAAAUGCCAUCAAGCAAUACCUAUGUGUGGCUCUGUCCAAAAAUGGUGUGAGUGCUGUACCAGAAGUGUUUGAGUUAUCACUAGCCAUCUUCCUCACGCUGCUGUCAAACUUCAAGCAGCAUCUCAAGAUGCAGAUUGAGGUGUUCUUCAAGGAGAUAUUCCUCUACAUCCUUGAGACAUCCAGCAGCUCAUUCGAACACAAGUGGAUGGUUAUACAGGCACUCACGAGGAUCUGUGCAGAUGCUCAGUGUGUCGUGGACAUCUACCUCAACUAUGACUGUGAUUUGGCCCUGGCUAAUAUUUUUGAGAGACUUGUUAAUGAUCUGUCAAAGAUUGCACAGGGCAGACAGGCAAUGGAGUUGGGUGCCUCGCCAAACCAAGAGAAGAGUAUGCGCAUCAAGGGUCUGAUGUGCCUGGUGUCCAUUCUCAAGUGCAUGGUGGAGUGGAGCAAGGACCUGUACAUCAACCCUCACUCCCAGUCUAACCUAGGCCAGGACAACAAGCCCCACACGGAGUCAGACAAUGACUCGUUUAAGGGGACAAUAGCAAGCUAUGGCAGCAGCAACUCUCUCAGCUCUAACAGCAGUUCGCAGAUGACGUCUAGUGCUGCCCCAGACAACCCCGAACAGUUCGAGGUCCUCAAGCAGCAGAAGGAGAUCAUGGAGACCGGAAUUGAAUUAUUUCACAAAAAGCCUGCCAAGGGUAUAGCAUAUUUGCAAGAACAAGGCCUGCUGGGUAAAAGCCCUGAGGAUAUUGCCGAGUUUUUCCAUGCGGAAGACAGGAUUGAUAAGACAGCACUGGGCGAUUUCUUGGGAGAAAAUGAAAAAUUUAACAAGGAAGUCAUGUACACCUAUGUCGACCAGUUAGACUUCACCGAAAUGGACUUUGUACCUGCACUGAGGAAGUUCCUUGAAGGUUUUCGUCUACCUGGCGAAGCUCAGAAAAUAGAUAGACUCAUGGAGAAAUUUGCAUCUCGAUACUGUGUUUGUAGUUCACAGACGGAGCUGUUUGCCAGUGCCGACACAGCGUACGUGUUGGCAUACUCGAUCAUCAUGCUCACCACAGAUUUACACAGUACACAGGUCAAGAGAGAGCACAAGAUGACCAAGGAGCAAUAUAUCCGCAUGAACCGUGGCAUCAACGACAGCAAGGACUUGCCAGAGGAGUAUCUGUCGGUCAUCUACGAUGAGAUCGCCGGCAACGAGAUUAAGAUGAAGGCAACAGGACAGAAGCCAAGCAAGUCAGCAAAGGAGAUCACGAGUGACAAGCAGCGGCGAUUGCUGUACAAUCUUGAGAUGGAGAACAUGGCGCAGACAGCUAAGGUGUUGAUGGAGAGUGUCAGUCAUGUCCAGUCCAGCUUCACAAUGGCAACUCACCAAGAACAUGUCCGACCAAUGUUUAAGAUGGCAUGGACCCCUUUCCUGGCAGCUUUCAGUGUGGGUCUUCAAGACUGUGAUGAUCCAGAAAUUGCCUCCCUUUGUUUGGAUGGCAUCCGAUGUGCAAUUAGGAUAGCAUGUAUUUUCCACAUGGAGUUGGAGCGAGAUGCUUAUGUCCAAGCCCUGGCCCGCUUCACUCUUCUAACUUGUGCAACACCGAUCACCGAGAUGAAAGCUAAAAAUAUAGACACUAUCAAAACCCUGAUCUCCGUGGCCCAUACUGAUGGGAACUACCUGGGCAAGUCCUGGUUAGAGAUCCUGCGAUGCAUUUCUCAGUUAGAACUAGCACAGUUAAUUGGCACUGGUGUAAAGACGAAAUACAUCUCGGGACACUCCAGUCACUCACAAGCUGGUCACCCAGUGGAGGCGUUCGACCCUGAAGUUAUUGCCCGUGGGCCCCUUGACCGCCAGCGGCUAGCCAACUUCCACGAGACAGUCGGUGAGACGAGUUCACAGAGUGUUGUUGUUGCAGUGGACAGGAUCUUCACAGGCUCAGUCAAACUCGAUGGUGUUGCAGUAGUGGAGUUCACGAAGGCGCUGUGCCAGGUGUCGAUGGACGAGCUGGCCAGUCACAGUCACCCGCGGAUGUUCAGUCUACAGAAGAUAGUGGAGAUCUCAUACUACAACAUGGGCAGAGUGCGUCUACAGUGGUCCAGGAUAUGGCAAUACCUCGGAGACCACUUCAAUAAGGUGGGCUGCAACCCCAAUGAAGACAUUGCAUUCUUUGCUGUUGAUUCCCUCCGUCAACUCUCCAUGAAGUUCAUUGAAAAAGGGGAGUUCGCAAAUUUCCGUUUCCAGAAGGAUUUCCUCAGGCCUUUUGAGCAUAUCAUGAAAAGAAAUAGGUCCCCCACGAUCCGUGACAUGGUUGUGAGAUGUGUUACGCAGAUGGUCAACUCCCAAGCAGGAAAUAUCCGGUCUGGUUGGAAGAACAUCUUCAGUGUGUUCCACUUAGCUGCUUCUGAUCAUGAUGAGGGGAUCGUGGAACUGGCCUUUCAGACUACCGGCAAAAUCAUUUCCAGCAUAUUUGAGAAACAUUUUUUUGCUGUGAUUGACUCAUUCCAAGAUGCUGUCAAGUGCCUGUCAGAGUUUGCAUGUAAUGCUGCAUUCCCUGACACCAGCAUGGAAGCCAUCAGGCUCAUCAGGAACUGUGCCAAGUACGUCGCCGAGAAGCCUCAUAUGUUCCGAGAUCAUGCAGGGGAUGAGAUGUCGGUUCUAGAGGAGGACCGAGAAUGGGUGCGAGGAUGGUUCCCUGUUUUAUUUGAGUUGUCCUGUGUCAUCAACAGGUGUAAAUUGGAUGUCCGCACAAGAGGUCUGACUGUGAUGUUCGAGAUCAUGAAGACAUAUGGAGAAACAUUCCAGCCACACUGGUGGCGAGAUCUCUUCAAUAUUAUUUUCCGUAUUUUUGAUAACAUGAAACUACCUGAACAGUUGAAUGAGAAGAAUGAAUGGAUGACGACAACAUGUAACCAUGCGCUGUAUGCUAUUGUGGAUGUGUUCACGCAGUACUACGAUGUCCUUAAUGAUAUCCUCCUGUCAGACCUCUACCAGAUGCUGCACUGGUGCGUCCAACAGGACAAUGAGCAGCUGGCCCGGUCUGGCACCAACUGCCUGGAGAACCUAGUGAUCUCCAACGGCAUCAAGUAUGCCCCAGAGGUGUGGGAGAAGACCUGCAGGUGUAUGCUGGACAUCUUCAAGUCCACCAUUCCACACUCGUUGUUGUCAUGGAGACCUGUAGACGAGAUGGACUCAGUGUCACCGUCUAAAGACACUGCCAGUGAUUAUGAUGCAAAUUCCAUGGACAAUCAGGACAACAGGUCAGAGUCUGCACUGUCUCUUGAAAGUAGCCAUGAGGGCAGCAAUUUGAGGCGAGCGGACAGCAUCGGCAGUAACGUCUCGGUGGAUUCAAGGGAUCACAAAAUACCUCGAUCAAAAGUUGCGACAGACCAGAAGUUGUUCCAGGGCCUGCUGAUCAAGUGUGUGGUGCAGCUUGAGCUCAUCCAGACUAUCGACAACAUUGUCUUCUUUCCUGCAACCAGCAAGAAGGAAGAUGCCGAGUACCUUGCAGCAGCACAGGCUAACAGUGAUGAGGCCCAGCUGUUUGAUCCGUCCCAACAGAGGGAGGACCAGGGCAUGUACCAGUUCCUCAGCUCUAAUCAGUUGUUCAUGCUUGUCGACUGUCUCCUCCAGUCCCACAAGUUUGCCAAAGCUUUCAACUCUAACCAUGAACAAAGGAAUAUACUCUGGAAAGCAGGUUUUAAAGGUAAAGCCAAACCCAACUUACUGAAACAGGAAACCCAGAGUCUGGCUUGUCUCUUCCGCAUCCUGUUCCGUAUGUACAAUGAUGAAGCAAGAACCGAUGCCUGGCCAGACAUUGAGAAGAGAUUAUUAGAUGUCUGCAGUGAUGCCCUGGACUACUUCCUGUCCCUGCAGUCAGACAGCCACCGUGAGGCAUGGAGCAGCCUCAUGCUGCUGUUGCUCACCAGAGUCAUCAAGAUGUCCGACCAGAGGUUCCGUGUCCAUGCAUCCAAGUAUUACCCGUUCCUGUGUGAAUCCAUCAUGUUUGACCUGAAGCAAGAAAUGAGAUCCAUCCUACGCAAAUUCUUCAUCCGAGUCGGACCAGCAUUCGACAUCCUUGAAAAAUAAUCGUGUACAUUAUCAGUCAUCAGUUGUACAUAACUCAUUCACUGACAAGACAAGGGAGUGCUUAGCCAUUGGUGAUUAGGGUAUAGGAAGAAACAUGGAUCACUGCUGGUGAUGCAAGCUAGAACCUCCUUCCAUCAUUCUAUCAGCACAGUUUCAUUUCCAUGGUAA